GAGCUUAUAGAAUUAUAACUAUUUUCCAAAAACAAUAUAGAAGAAAUACUAUCCCAAAAGAUCAUUAUAAGAGAAUUGAAGAAAAUUCAAUAAAAUUAAAAAUUCCAACAACUUACAACAUAAUCAUAUAUAGAUUUGACUAUGAGUUUCUGGUUAAUCAUAAGAAAAGAAGAAAUUUGGAUGCAAAUUAUACAGAACGCUUAAGAAUAGAAAUGAAAAACCGAGAAUUCCUUGAAAUAUAUUAUAAA